GUGCAGGCGCGGGUGGGCACGCGCAGAGGCGGGCGCGGGAGUGGGAGGAGCUGACGGGGCUGGCUAUGCAAAGAAUUGCAUCUCUCUGGAGCCCAAGCACCGAAGUCGUCAAUUUGUCGGAUCCAAGUUAAUCAAUCGCGGAUGUGGGAGCUGACGUGUCAUCGUACCAGAUAAGAUAAUAGUAGAUUAAUCAGACACGUGUCAUCGAUCAGUGAUAUGUACCCAUGAUGGGUGGAUAGGCCGCUGUUCAUCAGACAGAGGUGGAGGCAUCCCUACGAGGAGGAGGAGGUGGUCAUUAGCGUUACCUCGCGCGGUGUGUGUGUGCGCGCCGCCGCAGCAGAAUCUCUAUUACGCAGGACGCGGGCGGGCGUCAAUCCUUCUUAAGAAGGAUUACCCACCGGAAUCAAGCAGGGCGUGAAAGAAACCGCCGCUACACUUUUCCCGUCUUCUUCCUUCUUCCUUCCUCCUCCUCCUCCGCCUCCUCCUCCUCCUCCUCCUCCUUUUUCAACUCCAGCUGUCUUCAAAAUUCCUACGACUCUUCUUCUUCUUCGAAUAGAACGCUUGCUAGGGGGGGGGGGGCUGACAGGGGGAUUUGGAGCUUGGCGAUGGCGGCUGCAGGUCGGCAGCGGCUAUGUCGGUCGCAGAUGGGCUCGUUGUCUUUUGUCGACAUGACGACGAAAGCAGCAGCGCAUGGCGCCUAUGGCGAUGGCGAUCUCGACGGCGAUCCCCAUGACGAAAUUUGGUCUUCCUCGAAUCAGACGAGGUGGAGGAGGGUGGGUGUCGGGUGCGGUCUCCCCCGCCGCCAUCGCCGCCGUCGCCGCCGUCGCGAUCGCGACCGCGACCUCAUAUCCCGUUGCUGCUCCUCCAUCCCGCUGUUUUCCUCUUCCUGGCUGCUUAUCAUGCUUGUCCUCAUCGCUUCGUCCGGAGUUUUUUCCCCCGCCUUCUCAAAGAAGGUACGACUGUUUCUUAAUGGGGAGGGGGUUGAGUACCAGCCGUGUCCGUACACGUCGACUACAGAGCUGCGUGGAUUCAGUGCGCCAAUUCAAUCAUUUAGUCACAACGUUAGCGGGCUGCUCACCAUCAUCGACUCCUGUGCAUUUGUGGUCCAGAACUUCAGGUUCGACAGCGAGGGUGCAAACUGGGAUGUCUACUGGAAGGGCCAUCCCGAUCCCGACCUCUCUGUGGAGAGCAUGAGCUCAAUCCAAGCGGUGAGGCUGAAUGAGAUGACAAUCAGUGGCAACUAUGAUGGAUCAGUGACUCUUCUCAUCGCGCUAUCGCAUGGGCUGAAUUGGAACAUGGUGCGUGCAAUCGCCAUUUACUGCGAGUGCUCGGAGGUCUUUGGAGGCGUCGUCAUCCUCGGACAAGGGGAUCUCAAUUCGCCGGUUUUGGCGUCCGUCUUAGCAGAGGUGUUCCCACGCGGUGAACCGGGACGAAGCAACAACAGCUUGGCCUCGGAUUCCCGGAGCCCUGUCUCUGUUGAAGGCUACCGUGGCCGUGAAGAGCCCCAUCAGGGAUCAGUGCAGUCGUCAAGCGUAUUUAUUGCCCCUCCACUUGCGCCGUUGGCUGAAGAUUCUUCAGCUAUGGCAGUCCAGUCAUCUGAGCACAGUCCUCGCCAAGAUUCCAGUGCAGCACGAUCUGCAAGUGCUUUCGCAUCGGGUGUCAAUGCUCGCUCGCAGGAAACCGAGUCUCUCUCGGUUGGCCAAGCUGAGAGCAGCAGCCCCGCAGCCGCUGGCAUCAGUGGAACGUCCGUUUCUCCCGAGGGGCAUCGUGGGAAGCCAUCCCCGGUAACGUCUUUGCCGUCGUCCGCAUCUUCGCCGUUGAUCUCAACGUCUGCUGUGCCAUCAUGGAGCCCCGGCGAUAACUCAUCAGGUAUCGCUACCCGCUCUCGGGAAGCCCCAUCCGCCUCCACUCGGAAUGUAUCGGACAAUUCAGAAGGAUCCUUGACCAAGCCAGAUGCAGAUUCUCCUGGCAUCUGGGAGCGCUGUGUCAUGCUGAUUGAAGACAUGCUGAAUGUUGGGAUUUGCAAUCAUUCUGCUUCUGCCAGCGAAGAUAUGGGAAGAUUGACAUCUCAGCAAAAGCGGAAUCCGAAAAAAUACUGGACUAUCGACCUGAGCAGCAGUAAUGGCGUCGUCACUGUCACCUACAUGCUGGAGGGGCGCGCUGGAUGGGAUAAUUGGAUGGCCUUCGGUUUCUCCAAUGUGACCACCGGACCUGCUGAGAUGGUUGGGAGUAAUGUCACGAUUGUUGGGAUGCCAACCGGCGAGCCGAUGGGUUUUGCCGACCACUUUUCGUUAUCAGGGAAGUACCCCUGUCAGUCGUCGGGCCAGACAAACACAACGAGCGGUGUCUGCAAGGCGCCGACAUCCAUCGACGGGAAUGAAUACCCCAACACUAUAGAGCUGAUUUCAUCAAGGCUGGUGGACGAUGUCCUCAGGGUUACCUACCGAACGCCAUUGCGGGUGAAUCAAGACACUUGGCGAUGGGCAGUGUUUGCCAUUGGGCCCUUGGCUGUGGGCUCGACUUCGGCAAACCCACUGCCUCAGAAGCAUUACGUCAGUGGUAGCAUGAUGUUCAAUCUUGUCUACAUGGCCGGCGCAAACAACUGCACAGAGCUGUCCCUCUAUCCAGUGAGCAGUUGGUUGCCUGUGUCGAGCAGCAUUUCAACUCCUCUGGCCCCUGCCCCAGUCCAGGCUCGAAACGGGUCAUCAUCGGAAACCUAUGAAUCAGGCCCAGGAUCUGGAGCAGGACCCGCUGCGACAUCUAAUGACGGGAACGGUCGUGCCUCCCCUGUAUCACCGUCGCCCUCGGUCUCCGAGCCUGGCCCGUCCCUGCCAGCGUCCAUGGAUUCUCUACCUAGCCCUGCGGCCUUGAGGGGUUCGUACUCAACGGCGGAGGAGUUGGCAUCAGCUGCAAGCUCGUACAUGGCUGCAAUUAUGACCAGUGACAACGACUCGUUGUCCUGCAUGACGAGCUUGAACUGGUGGCCUACAAAUUACACCUUCUGUCGAACGCUGCAGGGGAGCGGAUUCAAGUUGCUGUGGAGGAACCUGGAUGUGGGGUGGCUGGAUGUCUUGUUCAUUGGCCACCAUGAUGGGUGGGUUGGGCUCGGCUUUUCGGAUGAUGGAAUGAUGGCAGGGUCAAGUGCGAUCGUGGGGUAUUCUACCAUAGACUCUGGACCAAGGGCGGCACAAUAUUUCUUGGCUUCGCCAGCACCUUCGGGGGUCAAACCGGGCAACAAACUUGACGUUGCGGGCCUUGAAGUGCGAGCUCAAAACGGCUCCAUUGUCUUGGAAUUCUCCGUCAAGCUCAGUGUCGGCAACGAUAUCAAGAGAACCUGGAUUCUAUGGGCCAAAGGCCCCACUCCCGGUCCCACAUCGCAGGAACUCCCCCAACACAGUGAGAGACACAGUCAGCAAAUUAACUUUCGUACAGGAAGACUGUAUGAUCAGCCCGAUCGAGCUAGACUUGCACAUGCGUGGAUGAGCGUCGUCUGUUGGGGAGUAAUCCUUCCCGUGGGCAUUAUUUAUGCAAGAUAUGCAGAAAAAUUCCGCCAAGAUUUGCUUUUGCCUCAUGUGGUCAUUCAGAGUGUCGGCUACAUCGCGGGAGUUGCAAGUUCCGCGAUCGGUAUCAGCCUGAGCACGCAAUCGGGAAUGUCGUCCAAGUACCGCCAUCAUCUUGCUCUUGGAGUCAUCCUUGUCAUCAUAACACCUUGUAUGAUUCUCUCUUCGGUUAUGCUGCAGAAGAUGGACUUAAUUGCAAACUACGUAGGCGCAAGCCGAACCCGAAAGAUUCAAGGUGGAUGGAGUAAUGUCCAUUGGUGGUUCGUGUGCGGGCUUCUAGUGUUCAUCCCCGCUCAAAUCAUUAUCGGCUUCACAAUACUUCAGCCAGCAACUUUGUACGGUGUCAUGUAUGCGGUCAUGGCUGGCGUCUUUGUGCUGAUCUUCCUCGUUCUGGAGGUCGCCGUGUUUUGUUUCUGCCAGGCUUCUCCUGCUGCGCUUGGUCUGGAGAGCGAGCAGACUCCGUACGGUCGUCACCUGCAGGUGUUGAGGGAGGAGGAAAGUUCACCACGUGGUCGAAGGCGGUGUCAAGCACGCGCUGAUACUGGUGAAGUAACGGACGACAGUGGGACGAACUUCGUCAUUUUGCCUGCUUCUUGAAAGUAUGCCCUGAAGGCUGUGUAGUGAUCGAUGACCGAACCGGUGAUGGCAGGACAAUCUAUGUCUAUCAUAACAUGCAAAGGUCAUUUCGCACAGCUCCUGGAGUUUGCGCCGAAGGAAUUGAAUGAAUCGAUGGCAGUCUCUGGGUUCCGCCUGCUCUUCUUCAGACUGGACAUCAGAUAUCAAUACGGAUGCAGACGCGAAGCGUCCACUGUUCGAGACCCUUAGCGUCAUGUGAUACAGAAAUGACACUACCUGUGUAGUGUUUGAGAACUGGGGACUAGUUUCGGGAUUAGCGUUUGCUGUUUUGGAGAAGCAGGGAACAUGGAGGAGUGCGGGACGAUACUUUUUAUAUGUGUGCAGGUAGCUGAGUUAGGUUAACCACGAGUGAGGUCCAGAAUGAUUAGUGGCUCUCGCUUCAUGAGGUAUGACCGGUUUGUUCCUGCACCCCCUUUGGGGGGUGCUAACUCGCAAAACCUCUCAGAUGAAUGGCGCGAGAGGGCCGUUCACGCAAAGAAAGAAAACACGUUGGGUGUACAGAGUGCUGCUUCUGCCAAGGGGUGCGAGUAUAUGCUUACGGGUAGGCUCGCGGUAGCUCGUAUAGUUGAGAACAUCAGAAUGCCAUUUCCAAUGCUUCUGCACCUGGGAACUCUUCGCCUUCACUGUGUGUGACGGCCUGUACUGCGUGCAACUGCACGCAUCAGACGAAUCUAGCAUUCGAGCAAACACAUUGCCUGGUUCAAACCUGGUUCAAACCUGGCUCAAACCUGGUUCAAACCUGGUCCACUCACUACACAGGUUCAAACCUGGUUGAAACCUGGUGCAAAGAUGGUCCACUACAUACAGGUCAUGCCUAUCUGGGGGUGGAACAACAAUGAAGGGUAGUGAAGCGAAGUGGGGGGGAGGGGGAGGGGGGAGGAACCAACUUCACAGGGGGAACAGGGUAAACAAAUAUUGCCCUGACAU